UCCUGUUAGAAACUUAAAGGAGGCCGGCACCGCAGGCUCGGAGAGACGGGAGCCAGACCCUGCUAGAGGCCUGCCCUGAAGAGAAGGCUUUGGAGGAAAGGAGCUUCUUCGUCCAGAAUUUAAGAGACACUGAAGAAAUGACUAAAAUGAAGAGAGACCUCACGUGUCUACUGCUGCUUUGUGGCGUGGUCACCAUCACUUUGUCCAGCCAGGAAAGUCACGUCCGAUUCAAAAGAGGAGCCAGAUCUUACAGAGCGACCUGCAGAGAUGAAAAGACACAGAUGGUAUACCAGCAACACGAGUCAUGGCUGCGCCCCAUGCUCAGAAGCAACCGGGUAGAAUACUGCCGGUGCAACAGCGGCAGGCCUCAGUGCCACUCCGUGCCCGUCAAAAGUUGCAGCGAACCCAGGUGCUUCAGUGGGGGACUAUGUCGGCAGGCUGUGUAUUUCUCAGAUUUCGUCUGCCAGUGCCCUGAAGGAUUUCUGGGGAAGCGCUGCGAAAUAGUUUUCAGAAACCCAGACCAGGACUCAAAACCCUGGUGCUACGUCUUCAAAGCAGGGAAGUACAACCCAGAGUUCUGCAGCACGCCAGCUUGCGCCAAGGAAAAAAAUGGGGAUUGCUACUCUGGAAAUGGGUUCGAUUACCGCGGCACCCACAGCCUGACCACAUCUGGGGCCACCUGCCUGCAGUGGAAUUCUAGGAUCCUGAUAGGCAAGAUUAACACAGCAUGGAAGAGCACCGCCCCCACCCUGGGCCUGGGCCAACACAAUUACUGCCGGAAUCCCGAUGGGGAUGUCAAGCCCUGGUGCCAUGUGUUGAAGAGCCGCAAGCUGACGUGGGAAUACUGUGACGUGCCCCAGUGCUCCACUUGUGGCCUGAGACAGGACAAGCAGGCUCAGUUUCGCAUUAAAGGAGGACUCUACACGGACAUCACCGCCCAUCCCUGGCAGGCUGCCAUCUUUACUAAGAACAGGAAGGACCCAGGAGAGAGUUUUCACUGCGGGGGCAUCCUGAUCAAUUCCUGCUGGGUCCUGUCUGCUGCACACUGCUUCCAGGAGAGGUUUGCUCCCCAGAACCUGAAGGUGGUCUUGGGCAGAACGUACCGGUUGAUCCCGGGAGAGAAGGAGCAGAAAUUUGAAGUCGAAAAAUACAUCGUCCAUAAGGAAUUUGACUUCGACACUUACAACAAUGACAUCGCACUGCUGAAGCUGAAAUCCGACUCAUCCCACUGUGCCCAGGAGAGCAACUCCGUGCGCCCCGUCUGCCUCCCCGAAGCCGGCCUGCAGCUGCCGGACUGGACGGAAUGUGAGCUCUCCGGUUACGGAAGGCACGAGGCCAGUACGUGGACGUCUAGCCCCAUCCUGUCCGCGGGCACACAGAGGAAAAAGUGCUUAGGAGAGCUGGGUUCCAGCCUCAGCCCAGGCACUCAUCGGCAACCUGGAAGCCGGUUCCUGGCCUCCCUCCCCUGGGGGACCCGCACCACCUGCCUCACGAGGUGCAGGUCCAGGAAAGGUGACUCCGGAGGCCCUUUGGUGUGUGUCAAGGACAAGCGCAUGACUUUGGUUGGCAUCAUCAGCUGGGGCAUUGGCUGCGGGCAGAAAGACGUUCCAGGUGUAUAUACCAAGGUUACUAAUUACUUGGACUGGAUUCGAGACAACAUGUGACUUUGACCAAGGAAACCCAGCUGUCUGAAAUCCGCUCUGAUCUUCCCUUCUUCUGCAAAGAUGGAGCGAGUCUUUCUACCGGCCUCUCCUUAAACCUCCCCACAGAACUGGGAAAAGGACAGGCACGAGAGGGAAGCGUGUGCAUAUUUUACAGAUGCUUCCCCUUCGGGAAGUUUCCGGACGUGAAAGCCUGAUUUCAGAAUGGAUUCGACCAGACAGGAAGACGGAAUGUCCAGGAAUACCACUUACAUAAAAGGCGAACAAAAGCCCAACCUCUUGAAUGUGUCAAUAUGAGCAGCUUGGAAACUGGGGCAGCAAGAUAAAAGCACGCCUUGGUAAUGGAGCAUAACUAGAUCCUUCAAGAAAGGGUCGCAUUAGAAAUAGAAUGUGUAGGAGAGUCAAAAGAAAGUCAACAGGGCCCCCAAACAAAGGAUGGGUGGGCUGGCCGGUCAGCUCGGGGUACGUUUCUCCCAGAAACCACAGGGAGUUCUCCCAGAAACCACAAAGAAACCAUCCUUUGAGACAGGUACUGCUCCCCUCUUCUUUACAACUCUUGUCAGGCAGCCCUUACUUUGGUGUACAGUAUAAAUCUUUUCCUCUUUAUACAUUUUACAGCAGAUCAGGAGAAUCAUAUCAUUUUAAUAGUUGAUAAAUGAAACCUUAGAUAUUUAUAACUAUCAGUCCAUGUUGUCUUUAUUUUCAGUUGCCAUGCCUUGUACUAUACUAUAGCGAACUGAUACAUUUUCAAAAAUAAAUAUAUUUUUCACAUUG